AAGAUAAAGUCGGAUGUCAAAUGCAUUUGUCAAAAGUGCGAAUUUGAAAAUAAAUAGUAAAAUAAUUUCUGACAUCAAUUAGUAUUAUCCCCUAAUUAUCCAAAAAUUAAUAUAGUAAUAUCAGUAAAUAUAUUUGAGGUGACUGGCAUAUAAUAAUUAAUUUAUGAAAUCACCAUUCGAGUGGUUGUCCUGUAAGCCAAAAAUUUAGAGUAUUCAUCUGCAAAAAACAUUUAUUUAGUUAAAUCACAGACACUAAAAUAAUUUCAAAUGUGGAGACCGGAGUUCAUAACUUUUUUUCUUUUAUUUGCUACAUUAAUUCAUUCAAACAAAGGAGAUGAGUUUAGGGAAGAGAUUUUUAUCAAACCUUUACCUCCAUCUCACCUAUAUGUGUACUUUCAAUUUAUAACAAUAGUCGAUGAAGAUUCAAAUUAUAAGCAUUCUCAUCUUGCACCUCAGUUUUUAUUAGAAAUUAUGUCAAACUAUCAAGUGGAUGAAUUGCAUUUAACUUUAACAGAAGGCCAAUGGAAACACAGUCAAUGGGGCUAUCCCAUACUUGAUGCCGCACCAGGAGCUGAACUUUAUGCAUGGUUUGCUCCUGAUGUUGUUGAUAUUGAUAACCAGUGGAAAAAACUCAGCUCAACUUUGUCAGGACUUUUCUGUGCUUCUUUAAAUUUCAUAGAAAGCUUUAAUACAAUAUCACCCAAAAUGGCCCUGUGGCCAACUGGUGCCACUACAAUGAAGCAAAAUGUUACCUCCCACUUGAGAUAUGCUUCAUUACCAAGAGAAAUUGUAUGUACUGAAAAUUUAACUCCAUGGAAGAAAUUGUUGCCAUGCGGAUCAAAUCAUGGAUUUGCAUCACUCUUAAAUUCAAGAAUGAUACACAACACAAAUUAUCAUUCUAUAGGAAUGCAUGUUAGAAGAAUAUGUGACAAAAAUGACUGUUUGGAAACAAAACUUGAAGUCAAACAGACUGUUGCGUUAGUUUAUGAUUUUAAAAUAAUAUACAGUAGCGAUUGGUCAUUUAGAAAAUUAUUUGGACAAGGUUUGCCAGGAGCAUGCCCUUUGUCAUCAUCGAGCAAAAUUUAUGUUGAUAUUACAUCUAAUAACACAUAUGCAUUCAAACUUAGCCCAGAACCUACAAAUAAAAUAUUAUCAGUAAGAGGUGGUAGCGAAACUGAACUAGCAGUAUAUGAGAUAAAUAAUACCGAAAUGAUGAACAUUGUUGCAAAAUAUGAAAGUCCAUACAAAAUUACUGUGAAGAAUUCACCGCCAGUGACAUUCAAUAGAUAUGUCUUAGGCUAUGGCAAAGAGUUUGGUGGUGUAACAGAGCUCACUAAUAAUUACUGGGCACCAAUAGCUAUUGUUCUUCUUGAGAAUGCUCCUUGGUGGUUGCCUAUCCAAUUGAGUACAUUGAGAAUCAAUGGUGAAGCUGAGAGUAAUUUAAUAAUGUCACAAUACUAUUCACCUGGUCGUAGUAGGCAGAAACCUUACCAUUUAGAGCUCCUCAUAAAAUUACCACCAAAGUCAACAACAACAGUUACAAUCGAUUUUGAAUUUGUCUUAAAAUGGCAAGAAUAUCCACCUGAUGCUAAUCAUGGAUUCUAUAUAGGUUCAGCUAUAAUUUCAGCAAAUCUCCCUACUGCUAAGAAUUAUACCAGCCUACCAAUAACUGGAAGCACAUUUGACUCCAUUGUAAAUGCAUCAAAACCAUGGUAUCCCAUUGUUCUAAGAACAAAUGGGGCAAUGGUUUCCUUGCCAACUCCAGAUUUCAGUAUGCCUUAUAAUGUUAUAUGUUUGGCAUGUACAGUGGUAGCGUUGGCAUUUGGUCCUCUUCACAAUAUAUGUACCAAAGAACUAGUACUAAAGGCGGUUGGAACUGCAGUGUCACUGAGACAAAAAAUAACCAAUAUAUUCAAAAAAAAGAUUGAAUAAUAUUUGCAAAGUAAUAAAAUCCUACUGAAAA